GUAGAUUCCUGAAAUACUAGUAAAAUCUUGUUGACGUAUAUUUAUUAGUAUAUAUUGGUAUCAAAUUCGGACGUAUCCGGUUUAGCUGACACUAAUUGUUAUAUUGCGCUAACCGAAUUCAAAAAGAACGUGUGGGUACAACUCUACAAGAAAACAAUACCAAAGACUAAAUUAUCAUUCCUUUACAUGGUGGUCAUUUUAAAAGUUUAACUGCUAUCCAGACAUGGCAAGAAUAAUCCCUGGUUUUCCGUUCUGGGUUCUCUUAUUCUGCAUGUCACAACAAACAGUUUCAGAUACGACAAUAUACGAUAUGGACUCAGCAAAGAAACAAGACAUCGGUAACCUUGCUGCUUCAAUUGAUUAUUUUACAAACAGUCUUUAUCAAGCUGUGGCUACAGGAACCAAUGAAAAUGUCUUCAUGUCACCAUUCAGUGUUGCUACUGUUUUAUCAAUGGUUUAUUUGGGAGCAAGACAAAACUCUGCCAAACAGUUUGAAAAUGUUUUGAAGAUAACUUCUAAUCUAGAUUCUGUCGCUUUGGCUUUUAAAGAAUAUUUUUCACUUUUGAAAACAUCAGAUAAACUUGUCACAUUCAAUUCAGUGAAUCGUUUGUAUGCCAGUGAAAAAUUCCCUUUUUCUGAAGACUACAAGAACAACAUGGUAAAAUAUUUCUUUUCAGAUAUUGAAAAUGUAGACUUCAUAACAAAUGCUGAGAAGACAAGAAUUACUAUUAAUGAUUGGGUAAAGAAUAACACAAAUAACAAAAUUACCGAUCUGUUACCAAGUGGUAGUUUGACACCUCAAUCAAUUCUAGUUCUUAUUAAUGCUGUGUAUUUUAAAGGAAUGUGGGCUAAAAAAUUCCCAGAACAUGCAACAAAAUCUAGAAAGUUUUAUUUAAGUUCUGACAAGACUGUAUCUCAUGAUUUUAUGUAUAAAUCUGAAGAUUUUAAUACCAAAAUAAGCGACAACUAUAAAGUGGUUGAGUUACCUUAUAUAGGAAAAGCAUUUAGUAUGUUUGUAAUUCUUCCCAAUGAAAUCAAUGGUCUUGCUGCUUUAGAGAAGGAGAUUAAUGCUCAAUUUCUCAAAGAUAUUAUAGACAGAAAAGGAUUUCAAAUGAUGCUUCUAGAAUUAAAUAUGCCAAAAUUUCGUUUAGAGAGUAGUUUUCAGUUGGGUGAUGUUUUGAAAAAGCUUGGACUCUCUGAUAUUUUUGAUCCUCAAAAAGCUGAUUUAUCUGGAAUGACUGGUGGUGAGAAGAAUAUUUAUGCCAGUGAAAUGUUUCAUAAAGCAUUUGUUGAUGUUAAUGAAGAAGGAACGGAAGCUGCUGCUGCAAGUGGAAUGGUGGUCUCAAAUUAUAUGUCGAGAAUUGGGAUGCAAUUUGAUGUCAAUCACCCAUUCACGUUUUUAGUUGUUGAUGACCGAACUAAAAUGAUCCAUUUCAUUGGUAAAGUAACAAACCCCACGAUAUAGAUGAUAUUGUCUUGUCAAAGAUUUUUCUCUUAUGGGAUACUAGAUUGUAUUAUGUAGACAACGUAACUGAGCAAAUCUAUUUACAAUAUUUUUAAGUAGAAUGACUUAAAGCAUUAUAGUUGUAAUUGUGCAAGACCAUGGACAUAUCUAUGCAAUGAAAGAUUAUAAGAAUAGUUUUAAUUUAGUUCUAUAUUUAAGAGAUGAGGAAUUAAAUACAUUAUUUACAAUUGAUGGAUAUUUGUCCUCAUCUUGUUUGUUAUUAACACAAUGUUUCGGCUGAUAUACCGUCCAACCUUCAUCAGGUGUCUUGGGGAAAUUUCGAACCUGGGCUCUCAUACCUAAGGUAUUUUGCGAUUUUGUCGUUAUUAUUAUUAUUAUUAUUAUUGAGUGAGAGAGCAGUGCAUGCCAUCAUAGUGAUACUGGGGUAAAAUAUACGAAGCCCAAUAUACCCAUCAUGACUACCUGUCUGAUAAGGGUACACUA